CCGGCCCGAGCGAGCUGGCGGGAGGGCGCGCGCGUGUGAGGCAGCGCGUGGCGAGGGCAAGAUGGCGGACGGGCCAGGCUCUGUUUCUAAGAAGCACAAGAAGAAAAAAGAAAAGAAAUCUUUGCCAGAUGAGGAUGUUGCUGAUAUACAAUACUCAGAAGAAUUCCUUAUCAAGCCUGAAUCCAGAGUCGCUCAGCUAGACACAUCACAGUGGCCUUUGCUUCUCAAGAAUUUUGACAAGCUGAAUGUGAGGACUGCGCACUAUACACCCCUUCCUUCUGGUUGUAAUCCUUUAAAAAGAGAUAUUGCUGAGUAUGUAAGGACGGGCUUCAUCAAUCUGGAUAAACCCUCCAAUCCUUCUUCCCAUGAGGUGGUGGCGUGGAUCCGUCGCAUCCUCCGUGUAGAGAAGACUGGGCAUAGUGGGACGCUGGACCCCAAAGUGACAGGGUGUCUGAUUGUAUGCAUCGAGCGAGCAACACGCUUGGUGAAGUCUCAGCAAAGUGCAGGCAAAGAGUAUGUGGGAAUCGUUCGGCUGCACAAUGCAAUUGAGAGUGAGGUUCAGCUUUCAAGGGCAAUAGAAACGCUGACAGGAGCCCUCUUCCAGCGGCCCCCACUCAUUGCUGCAGUAAAGAGGCAGCUGAGAGUCCGAACAAUCUACGAGAGCAAAUUGGUAGAAUAUGAUCCUGAAAGAAGAUUGGGUAUCUUCUGGGUGAGCUGUGAAGCAGGCACCUACAUUCGAACGCUGUGUGUCCAUCUGGGUUUAUUGCUGGGCGUUGGAGGACAGAUGCAGGAGCUCCGGCGAGUGCGCUCUGGGGUCAUGGGAGAAAAGGACCACAUGGUGACCAUGCAUGAUGUGCUGGAUGCUCAGUGGCAGUAUGACAACAACAAGGACGAGUCGUACCUCAGGAGAGUGAUCUUCCCCUUGGAAAAGCUGCUGACGUCCCACAAGCGGCUGGUUAUGAAAGACAGUGCUGUGAAUGCCAUUUGCUAUGGUGCAAAGAUCAUGCUGCCCGGCCUGUUGCGAUACGAGGAUGGCAUUGAGGUCAACCAGGAGAUUGUCGUCAUCACCACAAAAGGAGAGGCCAUCUGCACAGCCAUUGCCCUCAUGACAACUGCGGUGAUCUCCACAUGCGACCACGGUGUUGUGGCGAAGAUCAAGCGUGUGAUCAUGGAAAGGGACACCUACCCUCGCAAGUGGGGGCUUGGCCCAAAGGCUUCUCAGAAGAAGAUGAUGAUCAAACAGGGCCUGUUGGAUGCACGUGGCAAGCCGAAUGAGAAAACUCCACAGGCCUGGAAGAAGGACUAUGUGGACUACAGUAGGGUGGCUGCAAAGAAGGAGGUAGAAGAGGAAGUUGUCCAUGCGGAGCCAGAAAGGGCGCCAAAGAGAAAGAGGGAGCUGGAGAGUGAUGGAGAACACGGAGAGGCAGCCUCCCCUUCCGCAGCUUCUCCAGAGCCUCAGGCAGAAAUCAAGAAGAAGAAGAAGAAAAAGAAAGAGAAAAAGAAGACGGAGUCUGCUGAGAGUAGUGGAGAAGUGACAGAAAUGGUCAGUGACACAAGUCCGAAGAAGAAGAAGAAGAAAAAGAAGAAACAAGAAGAAAUGGAGGAGAGUUCAGAGUAACCAGCUAGAGCAGGCAGCCUGGACCAGAUUGGGAAGGAGUCCAAAAGGUCUUAACGAAGUUGCAGACUGGAUCAGCAUCCAGAGACUCAGCUGCUCAGAAAUAUCAUGUACCUAUUUGGGCAGCAUGGCAAGCCCCCUCUGUCCUGUUGUAAGGACAGCUGGAAGAAUUGGGGCAGUAAAGCUACCCGACAGUCUGUGAUGGUUCCACAGAGGGAGUUGCUAUGAGCUUGGGAGGCUCCUGUGUGUGGGAGGGGUAAUGAAAGGAAGCCAAGCUCUUGGACGUGGCAGCACCAGUAGAGUCCCCCUGCCACCACCCUGCUCAUCAUUUUCUUCUCCUUGAAUAUCUGAUUGGCUUUGGUCACUUUGCCUGUUGGUGGGGGGCAGAGAAAGGGGCUGUUGAGUAGCCAAAUCAGAAGCUCUGUAAUUUUAAUGCAUUUCUGUUUGGGUUCCUUUUGCUUGCCUUGACUCUCUAAUUAAUUGAGUCCAAACAUUUCCCUCUCAGGGUACCUUUUUCUUUUGUUUUUAAAGCAAGCAACUCCUGUUGUUAGAACAUAUGCUUUGGUCCUGGAAAUCCUAUGGUCUUGUCUCCCUUGUUCAUUGCAAGCUCCCCUUUUCUUUGGCCCCAAACCGCUUUACCAAGUUGUCUAGUGUCUUCCUGUUCUGGAUGGGCCUAGUCAGAAAGGAAAUCUGAAGCUAUGCAUGGACACAGUUUGCUCAUGAUCCAGUUCUGACCACAGAACAAAAGCCAGAGGAAACCUGAGGUCUCUUGCUGGCUGAGGAGAGGCAGAAUUGGGGAGGGGGGUGCAAGCUUCUUCCCCUGCGCCUGUCCGCAGAGGUUGGUGUCUUUUGAGCACUGCUGUCACUGUCUGAUGUUAGGGUUUUUUCCCUCUUCAUUGCUAGGCAGUGUACCAAAGUUGGUUUUUAAAAGGAGGCAAUGUUCUUUUUUUUAUAUUAAAAAAUGCAAACUUU